CUUAGUUUUAGGUUGUCAUUUUUAAUCUUCAGUUCCUAACAAGGUCCUAUCAAUUUGUCGAGAGUUUUCACUUCUGUUCGGAUUUAAGGAUCUAAUACUGGUUAAUACGUCAAGAUGAGUCGUCCUCAGGAACCAAAUCGCCCUUUCUUCCAUUUUGGAAAUCCUUUCCGAAUGAUACCACCUAAGAGUUCUCAGUUAUCUCCAAGACUUCUUUCUUUAUUGAACACUUUUGAGGCCACCUUAUCAGGGAGGCUGGAAAAACUUGUGCCCAAGGAUAAGGGUGAUAUCCUCAGCUUGUCAUGGAUGAAAUUGGCAAUGGAGUCACUUUCUGAGAUCCAUUGUGACAUAAAAAACCUGAUAACUGAGCUUGACCUCCCUGUGACUGAUUGGGAUGAAAAAUGGAUGGAUGUUUACCUGGAUAUUAGUGUGAAGCUGCUCGACAUUAGUAAUGCUUUUACCUCUGAGCUUACACGCCUCAACCAAGGCCAUCUCAUGCUUCAGUUUGUCUUGCAUAAGUUGGAGUCCGACUCCCCAGAGCAGUUCACACGGGCCUCUUCCUCACUUGAUAGCUGGAAACAGCACAUUAGCUCCAAAAACCCGAGAGUUGAAACUUGUCGGCCGAUCUUGGACAACCUUGUGGAAUCACUGAACUUGCCAAAGGUUAGGAACUCUUCUAAAGGAAAGGUGUUGAUGCGAGCUAUGUAUGGAGCUAAGGUGGCAACAACAUACAUUUGUAGUGUCUUUGCUGCUGCUUUCUCUGGUUCUUCCAAGAAUUUGUUAGACUUAACUGUUCCUAAUACACUACCAUGGGCACAAGUUUUUUCAGUUGUUCAAACUACCUUGAAUGUUGAAAUAAGAAAUAUAUUUUCUUGUGGAGAAUUUACAGUUCUAAGAGAACUGGAGGCUGUUGAUGCAUGUGUCAAGAAGUUGUUUACUUUGCUCCAAGUUGGAGUGGGUCCUAGUGAACGGGAGUCAUUCAAGAAUUCUGUUUCGGAUUUGAGAACAACGGAAGAGAAACUAGCACAAGGGCUGGAUAAUCUUUCAAAGGCAAUAGAUAGCUUUUUCAAGGUAGUUUUGACAGGGCGUGAUGCAUUGCUUUGUAAUCUGAGAAAGGCUGGUGAUGCUGCCCCGAAUUCGAUGAUAAGAAAAAAUGUAAAAGUGCAACCUGCGAGGUGAAUCAUAUGAAUGUAAUGAAGUUAUACCCUUCUGUAUACAGAUUGUUUAGGUAUGAGGCCUUAUGUUUUCUAACCAGUCGACAUAUACAACCGUUGGGUUAUGCUAGUAUGAGUUGUGAUGUGGUGUAUCAUGAUAGUAGUCGAUUGGUUGUACAUGUAUCCUUGUCAUCCUAUAUUAGAAAUUAUAUAAAAGGCUCAUAUUUCUUUGCAA